CUCCAUUCAGCUUGCUCAGGCUGGGCUUGCCAGAGAUCAAGAGAUCAGGGAAGGUCAGAGACAAACCCCCAGCCCAGAGAGCCAGUCAGUUCUGGGGCGGUACAAAAGCCCCCUCUCCCGACCCUCUCCCGCCUUUUACCUUCCCCCCAGCUCCCCUCCUCCAUAGCUCUUGCUCUGGCACGUUGGUGACUCUCACAUUGAUGCUGGCUGUCCUGGGACACAGCAACAGGGCUACAGACAUGUGACUGACUCCUCCAUCCCACCUGGGGCCCUGAGAUCCAGGCUGCCCUGGAGAUCCCCUCGAGGUUUCCCUUCACAUACUACAAACUCCUCAGCUUCCCUUUCGGAGCCUCCUAGAACUGCUCUCCUCAAGCCUCCAUUGGGCUCUUACAGACUCAGCUUCUAGCCCUGGCUCUGACACUGACAAAGGGCGGGACUUUGGGCCCCUCCCUUCUCUGUGUGUCAGUUUCCUCCUGUAACUGACCAGAGGUGGGCUCUUCCUUGUCAUGUGACUUUCAGCCCUCUGUGCUCUGACUUGGGCUGCUCUAAGAGACUGUGACAUUCCAGGAUGUGGCCGUGGACUUCACGAGAGAGGAGUGGCGCCUCUUGUCCCCUGCCCAGAAGGAGCUGUACAGGGAGGUGAUGCUGGAGAAUGCCUGGAACCUGCUCUCUGUAGAAAGAGAGAUCAGACCUGAAAUGAAGCUGAUGGCAACAGAGGUGAGCCUCUCUGUGAAGGAAAUGAACCUACAAAGAUUCAUUAGUGAUUGUCCCAAUAACUUUGCUUUCAGAGAAUUCUGUGUUGCACCUCAAAAUUCAUCUCAUAUUGAACAUCAAGGAAUUCAUGCUGGGGAAAAAUCUAGUGAAGGUAAUCAGUGCAGAAAGACUUUUAUGCAUAGGGCCAUUCUUGUGGUACAUCAGAGAAUGCACUCUCUUAAGAAACCUUAUGAAUGCAACCAAUGUGGAAAGACGUUCAGAUGGAGCUCCGAUCUUGCUCAGCAUCAGAGAAUCCACACUGAGGAGAAACCUUAUGAGUGCAAGCAAUGUGGAAAGGCAUUCAGUCGGAGCUCAUACCUUGCUCAACAUCAGAGAAUCCACACUGGGGAGAAACCUUAUGAAUGCAAGCAAUGUGGAAAGACAUUCAGAUGGAGUUCCGUCCUUGCUCAGCAUCAGAGAAUUCACACUGGGGAGAAACCUUAUGAAUGUAAGCAAUGUGGAAAGACAUUCAGUCAGAGCUCAUACCUUGCUCAACAUCAGAGAAUCCACACUGGGGAGAAACCUUAUGAAUGCAAGAAAUGUGGAAAGACAUUCAGAUUGAGAUCCGAUCUUGCUGUACAUCAGAGAGUCCACACUGGAGAGAAACCUUAUGAAUGUAAGCAAUGUGGAAAGACAUUCAAUCAGAGGUCCCAUCUUACUGUACAUCAGAGAAUCCACUCUGGGGAGAAGCCUUAUGAAUGCAAGAAAUGUGGAAAGACAUUCAGUCAGAGCUCAUACCUUGCUCAACAUCAGAGAAUCCACACUGGGGAGAAACCUUAUGAGUGUAAGCAAUGUGGAAAGACAUUCAGUCAGAGCUCAUACCUUGCUGAACAUCAGAGAGUCCACACUGGGGAGAAACCUUAUGAAUGUAAGCAAUGUGGAAAGACAUUCAGUCAGAGGUCCCAUCUUACUGUACAUCAGAGAAUCCACUCUGGGGAGAAACCUUAUGAAUGCAAGAAAUGUGGAAAGACAUUCAGUCAGAGGUCAAAACUUGCUCAACAUCAGAGAAUCCACACCAGGGAGAAACCUUAAUAAUAAAAGUUAUGUGGAAAGAUGUUCACAUGCAGCUCCAGUCUUGCUAUUGUGUGAAGGAAAUUUAUCCUCCCCCCUUUCUGGGGCAGUAUAUACCUUGUGUGAGCCUGAACUUGACUCCGGUGAGGAUUAUGUGAUGAUAACCAUUGAGUGAGGAUAGAAUGGCAACAAGAAAAAGGCAGCAAUAGACUUGAGAGAUCAUGAGACAACAACAGGGUGAUAGCCUCUCCAGUGACCCCCUGGCGACACUGGCAAAGAUAGCCAUGGUUGGCCCCUGGAAUGAGAUUUGUAAGUUAGUGGUGUAAAAAUGGAGAUUUUUGAACCCCAGACAUCCAUCCCCAGAAGUCCUUGGUAUUUCCCAGAAUUCCCUAUAAUCUCACCUGAGUCUCCACCUGGGCGAGAUCACAACGAGUAUUUAAUUUAAUUGGCAGUCUCUGCCUCCCUCUCGCUUGGCCUAGACACGUGCUUUCUUAUUUUGUAUUUUCUUUCUUAACCUUUAAUAAACCUCAUAAAAAUAUAAUACUUCUAGCAGAGAAACUAAAAAUAACUGCUACAGUUUGGCUAAAUUUUAAUCAUAACAGAGCCUGGCCAGAGGAGAAGAAACUGGGACUUUUGACUCUGGGUUUACUGGCCAGGAAAGAAACCUCUUCUCUGGGUUCCUGACCAAAAAGAGAUUGGCCUUUGCCUGACUUAGGGGGAGAGAGAGAG